AUGUUCUCGAAGGAGUUGCUAGCUCUGGACGUCUCUAAGAUCAAAAUACAGGCCGCUAAGAUGCAGCUGCAGUUCUUAAGUCCGAAGCGCGCCCCCACGCUCGUCGCUUUUGUGGGCGUCUCGUCGCUCAUACUAAUAUUUCUUGUAUAUAGUUCGCAUUUGCAGCCGCAAUCGCAAGACUGCUUCUGUCCAAACCUUGAGAUUCCCGAGCUGUCCGCCGCCUCCGCCGCCGCAGCCGCCGCCGCCGCCGCCGCCGCCGCUUCCGCCUCGUCUCUGUCCGGAAACCUCGCAAGCGCAAGACGCGAUUUAGAAUCCCGUGGAGUUUCCGCCACAUCCGCCGACGUUCACGCUGCGGGGGACUCGCAGCCUUCCUCUGCAGCGACUAUCGGAUCCGUCGCCGCGUUUUCCGCCGCGAAUGACGGCGAUCCCGGAGCGAACCAAGGCGUAGCGGACGACGAUAGCAACCAACAGUUUAUUUACGUGUACGACACGCAACUGGCGUGGACGGAGCAAUUAAAGGGCCGGGCUAAGGAGUGGUAUUCGGACCAGUAUGAGGUGGAAACCGUACUAACGGAGCUACUAAUGCGUAGUAACGCGAUUCGAACAACGGAUCCGGAAAAGGCGACGCUGUUUUACAUACCGUAUUACUCGUCGAACCACAUCUCGCAUGUGAACAAGCUUAUGAAGAACAUGAUGCAUAAAUCGGUCGGAGAGGUGUCUAAGGCGUGGCACGACAUUCUCACCAUGAUUCGCCGCGACUUCCCCUACUUCAACCGCACCAACGGCCGAGAUCACUUCAGCACGAGCACGUUCGAUCACGGCCGUUGCCAUGCGCUGACGUGGGUCAACCCGGAUCUGUACGGCGAGAUGUUCUUCGUGAUGCUCAACGGGGACCGCCUCGCGCGCACCAUGCACGCUUCUAAGGAGAGGAACCUGCAGAUCAUAGGCUACACUUACAAUGAGCCCUUGCAGACGCAGUUUCCAGACAUCCCAUGCUACAUGCCCGACCGAGACAUUGUCGUGCCGGCCUUUAUUGGCGACCAGAUACCCAUGGUGUCGCCCUUCGCUGGCGAUCGCCCCAUGCGGGCCAUCUUCCGCUUCUCAGCCCAGCAGGGCCACAGGGCGCCCCUCAUGCACCACGGCCAUGACCUGCGCCCCGAGCUGCUCGCUAUGUACCAACGGCAACGCAUCAAAGGGUGGAGCUUUGCUGCUAAGGCGGAGAACCAGACAAACAAGGACUGGCAAAAAGCAGUCUUUUGCAUCUGCCCGCCAGGGCACUCCCAGUGGACCAGCCGCCCUUUCAAGGCACUCAUGUCUGGGUGCAUCCCAGUGACGUUUUUUCGGGAGCAUGACAACCCCUGGGGCGAUGAGCUGGACUACUCCUCCUUCUCCAUCAACAUCGAUCCGGACGACAUUGCUUCGCUGCGCUCCCGCCUCGAAACCGCCCCCGUGGAGAAGCUGCAGCGCGGCGUUGAGAAGAUGCAGUUCAUGUUCAAGUGGACACGAACACACACAUGGGGGGCAGAGUAUGAGCUUAUAAAGAGGCUAAGGCAGCGAGGCAAGCAACUUUCCUCCACUGCUCUCUUCCUAUAG